GGUGGUUGCGUUAGAACUGUAAGCUCUCCGUCACCGUCCUCUUGGUCGCUCUCACGUGACUGCUUUAUUUACUUCUACCCCUGAUUACAUAAUUCACCGUAGAAAGGCACACGGAGAAGGACUGGCUACCAUCUCAACUCAAGGUGGGAGUUAGGAUCGUAAUACGGUGGGCUUGUCCUGCGUCCUGAAACCCAUUCUCCUCGUUAAAGUCUCGCCUCUUCCCACCUGACCCUCCAAUCAUCGUCGACCUCCCUACCUUGCAGUUGCUAGGCUCCCCGCAAGUGCCACGGAGAAGUCUUUGCUGGUCCCCACCAACCAUUCUCACCCUAAUCAAUCGCCUGCCGUCUGUGGCGGCUCCUUGCGUCGAAUACUUGGUUCUUUAUUCCAUGUGGCAUGGGUCUCACGCCCCGAAUUGGACAGCAGUGUCACGACGGAAGGCUGCACAAGGUAUUUAGGUGUCGCCAACCCAACCGUCGCUACUCUCAAUACAUCAGCAUAUAUUAUCACUCAUCAUGCUACUGCACCUCGUUGCACUCCUCUCUCUCUCUCGCGGCGUUCGCGGCAGCCGAGUCCACCGCGCAGUGGAACGAAUUCGCCGACAAUUUUGCGACUGACCUUUCUCCGAUCGUCGCUCUCUUCGGCGAACAGGUCACAAAGCAGUUCCUAAGCGAGUCCACGGGCUUUCUAGACAAUAUCAUAUUCGGAGUCGCCCCGCUCGGCAUCCUUACCGCCGUGGUUUCGGCGAUCCGAGUGUAUGGAAAUGCCUCGCUGAAGUCGUUCAUUGGACGAGCGCAAGAGGCUCACGGCGUUGCGGAAGCUGAGCUAUGUUCCUCUACAAGCCAAGAUGUUUGCGAAUUAUGGUCGAACGGAGGCAUCUGUCGUGUCUUUGGCCCUUUGGCCUGGGCACAGUUUGUUCGCUCGGGGUAUAGCUUGGGGAUAGCAGCCUUGCAAGCAAACGUAGUCGGAUGGGGUUGCGACUGCCAUGGCUGCAAGCAGUAUGUCCAACUCGGCAGCAAGCUUUUCUCGUAGCUCGGUUGGGGUGUAGCUGAUUGGCUCUACUGCAGUCACUUAGAUCUGGUGGCUGGAGAUGCUUGCGAAGGGGGAUGUCGCUUUACCUCCCCAAGAUUUCCCCGGUCCUAAUGCUGACGCAUUAUGUGUCAGAACUGGCAUGCAGCAAUUUCAUCAUUGACUGGAAUACGAUGGAGCUAAACUCGAGGGAAAUGAAAGGAAGGCGAAGAAGACAAUCGAAGGCAGUGGUGUAUUUAUGAAGAACAGUUGCAUCGUU